AUGUUUGGACACGUACAGCCCGGUCCUCCGGACCCCAUGUUCACCCUCAAAAGGGAUGCAGACAACGACACAAGCCCAGAAAAGGUCGACUUGGGUGUUGGUAUCUAUAGUAACGAAGAGGGUAGUUACCAAGAGCUGGAGGUUGUCAAAAAGGCCAAAUUAGAACUAGAUGAUCUGGACCUAGGGCAUGAUUAUGAGUUGACGAUAGGAAAUGCGGAUUUUCUCCGACUUGCCGCCGAAGUCAUGUUUGGCGCGCACAGCGAUGCCCUUCAAACUGGCAGAAUUUCUUCAGUUCAGACCAUCUCCGGGACAGGGGCCAACUCUCUGGGAGCCCUCUUCAUUUCAAAAGUUAUGGAACCGAAACCCAGAGUCUACAUCGGAGUUCCCACAUGGGGAAACCACAUUCCGAUUUUCCAAGAUACCGGUCUGAAAACCACCACUUACUCCUAUCUCGAAGCGUCAAAACAUGCUGUCAACUUUACCGCUCUCCUCGAUACUGUACGAUCGGCUGCGCGAGGCAGCAUUUUCGUAUUGCAAGGUUGCUGCCAUAAUCCUACAGGAGUCGAUCUAAGCCUAAAACAAUGGAAGGAGUUAGCUUGUGAGAUGAAACAUUACGGGCACUUGCCGUUCUUUGAUAUAGCGUAUCAAGGCCUGGGUGACGGGCUUGACGAAGAUGCCGCGAGUGUACGCGUUUUCGUAGAUGCGGGGAUUGAGAUGAUGGUUUGCCAGUCAUUCUCAAAGAACUUUGCAUUGUAUGGGGAGCGUUGUGGCGCCCUUCAUUUUGUUGGCAACUCGCAGGAGGUAGCUGCAAAUGUUCAAGAUAGGCUUCGAAGUUUGAUCAGGCACACGUACUCAUCAGCUCCGGCCUACGGUAGCCGUCUUGUCAAGAUCGUACUCAACGAUGCCGACUUGCGAAAAGAGUGGACUUCAGAGACCGAUGGCAUGAGGAAACGUCUGAAGAGAAACCGCCAAGCUCUGUAUGAUGAGCUUGCGAUACGUCUCAAGACACCCGGAAAUUGGUCAUAUCUGGUGAAGGAAAAGGGACUGUUCUCGUGCCUGGUGCUGUCACCAUCUCAGUGCAGGGAGCUAGUUGAGGCGUAUCAUGUUCAUCUCCCAGGGUCCGGAAGGAUCAAUCUUGCUGGCUUGAGCGAGGAGAAUGUGAAGCGCGCAGCACAGGCCAUUGACAAGGUCACUAGGACAAAUGUGAACGGGAAGCUCUGA